UCAGCAACAACACACCGCCCCCCUAUUCCCCACCCCUGCCAACCUCCAGCAAGGGUCAGCAAAGAUCCUAACCCCACCCCCCCCCCCAUUCCCCACUCAUUCCCCACCAAGUCCCGACCCUCACCAAGGGUCAGCAGAACCCCCCCCCCCCUCCACAUUGUCCCCACACCGAGGAUCAGCUAAGACCCCCCCCCCCGAGCUAUUCCCCACCCCCACCAAGGGUCUGCAGAGACACAGAGGGCGAGCAGCCAUGGCACGGAUGCCCACGGCUCUGGGCGGCACGGCAGUCAGCGGCAAGACCAUGUGGUGCAACCUGGACGCGCCGGCCAACGCCAUCAGCGUGUCCCGGGACGGCGGGCAGGUGGCGGUGGCGGGCCGCAACAUCUUCAAGAUCUACAGCGUGGAGGAGGAGCGACUGUCGGAGCGCGCCAACCUGCGGGUGGGACGCAAGCCCUCGCUCAACCUCAGCUGCGCCGACGUGGCCUGGCACCAGAUGGAGGAGAACCUCCUGGCCACGGCCGCCACCAACGGAGCCGUGGUCACCUGGAAUCUGGCCAGGCCCUCGCGCAACAAGCAGGACCAGCUCUUCAUGGAGCACAAACGGACCGUCAACAAGGUGUGCUUCCACCCACUAGAGCUCUACAUCCUGCUCAGCGGAUCCCAGGAUGGCUCCAUGAAAUGCUUUGACCUGCGAAAGAAAGAAUCCGUCUGCACCUUCUCAGGUCAGUCGGAGAGCGUGCGUGAUGUCCACUUCAGCGCCCGCGAUUUCUUCACCUUCGCCGCCACCUUCGAGAACGGCAACGUGCAGCUGUGGGACAUGCGGCGGCCGGACCGGUGCGAGAGGAUGUUCACUGCUCACAACGGGCCCGUCUUCUCCUGCGACUGGCAUCCUGAUGACCGAGGAUGCCUGGUGACAGGGGGCCGGGACAAGAUGGUGAAGGUGUGGGAGCUGACGGGCUACAAGGCGCGGGAGACGCACUGCGUGCAGACCAUCGCCUCGGUGGCGCGGGUGCUGUGGCGCCCGGACCGGCGGUACCACAUCGCCACCUGCUCCAUGAUGGUGGACCACAACGUGUACGUGUGGGACGUGCGGCGGCCGUACGUGCCCUUCGCCAUGUUCGAGGAGCACCGCGACGUCACCACGGGCAUCGCCUGGCGCCACGCCCACGACCCGCACUACCUGCUGUCGGGCUCCAAGGACGGCACGCUCUUCCACCACAGCUUCAGGGACGCGAGCCGCCCGGCCAGCCAGGCCGUGCCCGAGGGUCUGUCGGUGGGGCUGAGGGGGGACGUGGCGUUUGCGGUGAAGGAGAGCCUGUGCGCGGCCGAGGGAGCCCGCAAGCCCUUCGGCCACGACCGCCGCUACCCGUUCUUCUUCGUACGGCGGGCUGACCCCGCCGAGCACUUCGCCAACGUCUCCAGCGCGCUCAGCGUGUUCGAGACGCUGCCCGGAGCCGCCUCCAUGGACUGGUUCUCGCAGACGGCCCGGCGGUACUGCCUGAGCGGCGUGCCGCUGCCCGAGCUCUGCGACCGCAAUGCCGGUGCUGCACGGGAGCUGCGCCGCUACCAGGUGGCACAGAUCUGGACCAUGCUGAAGAUCAUCUACGCUGGCGCGGCCGGGGGAGCGGCGCAGGCCACGGGCAAGGCCGGGCACCCCCUCAGCAGCUUCACCAUGAAAGACGGUACUGCGACACUCAGCGGCGAGGCCAAGCUCGAUCGAGGGCGCCUGGAGAACCGGCAGGACAGCCUUCCCCUGGACUCCACCGUCACCCUACUGCAAACCAACGAAGAUAACGAGGAGACGGAGGGCAGCGACGCACCAGCGGAUUACCUGUUCGGUGAUGGAGAGGGGGAUGAGGAGGACUUCUUCAUCGUGGAUCAUGAGGUGGCAGCGAGUGAAGAGCACGAGUUUGUUCUCCCACAAGAGGGCUUCCCCCUGCGGCACGAGAUCCUGGACCACCCCACCACCCUGGACCACUUCCCAGACAAGACGGACUCGCCCCAGAUCAGCGGCAAUGAGGCGGACUCCGUCUCCCUCACGCCCACCGAGGGCAUCUCCCUGGUGUCCGUCUCGCAGCCCCCCUUCGAGCACGGGUUCACCACCGACUACUUCAACCCCAUCGUCAGGGACAUGAUGUGCUUCUACGCCGAGCAGGGCGACGUGCAGAUGGCCAUAUCCGUCCUCAUCGUGCUGGGAGACCGGAUCAGGAAGGAGAUCGAUGAGCAGACACAGGAGCACUGGUACACGUCCUACAUCGACCUGCUGCAGCGCUUCCGCCUGUGGAACGUGGCCAACGAGGUGAUCAAGCUGAGCACGUGCCGGUCCAUCACGUGCCUGAACCAGGCCUCCACCACCCUGCACAUCAACUGCAACAACUGCAAGCGGCCCAUGAACAGUCGCGGCUGGAUGUGUGAGAGGUGUCACCAGGGAGCGAGCAAGUGUGCCGUGUGCCACCACGCGGUGAAGGGGCUGUUUGUCUGGUGCCAGGGCUGCACCCACGGUGGGCACCUGCAGCACAUCAUGGACUGGUUCCAACUCCACGCCCACUGCCCGACAGGAUGCGGGCACCUGUGUGAAUACACGUAGACGCCAUCUCCAGCUUCCUCGGAGGGAACUUCGGCGGCAGGCUAAGAUG